AUGAUACUAACAAGACUCAAAUACUUUCAUAAGGUUAAUAGAAAAUUCAUCUAUAUAAUAAUCCUUACGUUAAAUAUAUUGGGAUUAUUUUAUCUCUUUAGAAAUUCAUCCUUUACAUCAUCAUUAUCAUAUCAUAAUUCAUCAUCAAGUGGCAUUUAUCCUUCAAAUAUAUAUAAUAGUAAUAAUUUAAAUCUAAAUUAUUUUGAUGCUAAAUCUGCUUCAAACUUUUUACAUGUUGUAAUAGAAGAUAUUUCAACUAUAAAAUGUUAUCUGGAAUCAGCUUGUAAAGUUCCUAAAGGAUAUCAAAGAAUCUUACCACCAAUUAAUUAUUAUGAAAAAUCUUCUUCAAAUACUUUGAAAUCGGCUACUAUGUCCAAUGAAUAUUUAAUUAUUAAGUAUAAUCCUUCAAAGGAAGUUUCUAAAUUAUUGAUUGAUCUUUCAUUUGAACCAUUCUCAUCAGAUGAUACUGAAGAUGAUGAAAUAGAAGUCAAGGAAUUACCCUUAAAUAAUAAUAAGUAUACUCUUUUUGCCAAAUUUCAUAUUGGUAAGAAAAUUUCAUCAGAUACUGUAAUAAUUCAUACUUUGGAUUUAUUGUUUGGUACUGAUGAAUUACAUGAUGAAAGGCCAUAUUUUCAAUCGAUUCAUCCUCCUAAUUUAGAUAACAAAAAUCAUGAUGAUAUUGAAAAGAGAACUGAAUCUUCAGAAAAGGAUCAGAAAGAAGAAAUAGCUGUUGAUAAAGAGAAUUACAUCCAAUCAUCUCAAUUUAUCUAUACUCAAGAUUCCAAAUUUAAAAUCAUGCAAUUAUCAGAUUUACAUUUUGGACAAAAUUCAGGUCGUCUUAAGUGUUUAGAUUGUGAACCACCAAUCUUAUCAAGCGAUCAGAAGACUUUAGAAUUUAUUGAUCAUUCAAUUGAACAGGAAAACCCUCAAAUAGUAGUAAUAACUGGUGAUUUACUUGAUCUUAGUCGUUCACUCGAUUAUAAAUCAAUCAUUUUAAAAUCUUUACAACCUAUUCUUAAGCGUGGUAUUAAAUUCAUUUAUACAUUUGGUGAUGAAUUUGAAGGUAUUAAAGAUGGAGAAGCAGUUACUCGAUCUAAAACAUCUAUUGUUGAAUUUUUAAGAUCAAUACCUGGAUGUUUUAAUAUUAUAAAUCAUGAAAAUAUUCAUGGACUUACUAAUUAUAAUAUUAAAAUUGUUAAAGAUGAAAAGGAAGUUGGUUAUAUAACAACUUUAGAUAGUGAAGAUCAAGUUCUUAAAGAUAAUCAAAUCAAUUAUCUUUAUAGAGUUAAUCAAAAAUCUGCUGUUAAUAAUCAUAUAUUCAAAUUAUUAUUCUUUCAUUAUCCAAUUCCACAAUUUCGACCACUUGGACAAUUUAAAAUUAUUGGAGAAUAUAAUGAAAAACAUCCUUUAAAUUCAAAAACUAGUCAAAAAUUCCAUAAUGAUAUCGUCAAUUGUGGAUAUCAUGUUAUUUCUGUUGGUCAUGAACAUGAAAAUGAUGCAUGUAUUCAAAGUGAUUUUAGUAAAGAUCAAUCAAUUUGGCUUUGUUAUAAUGCAGUAACAGGUGAUUCUGGAGUAACUAGUUUAAAUAAUGAUUAUGAUAGAAAGUUAAGAAUUUUUGAAUUAGAUUUUGAUUUAUUAAGAUUAUUAAGUUGGAAGAGAGAUGAAAAGGGUAAGAAUGCCUUUGAUCAUCAAUUAAUUCAUCAAUUUUAGCUAAAUCAUUAUUAUAAUUUUGUAUACAUCAUGUAUAUUAUUAUAUCUAUUCAGUUCUUUUACUUAAUUAGAUUACUGUUAUUACUAUUAAUUCUUCUAUUUAUUUAUUUAUUUAUUUAUUCUUUAUAUAUUACUAAUUCUUUGCAAACUCUGUAAAUAUUAUAUUGUUUAUAUAAUUU